AACAAAUUCUAUCGAUUAAUCGAAAAAUUCAGUCUCAACAUAAAAUUAUAAGUUUUUCUUUGUGAAAAUGGAUAAUCCAAAGGAUCUUUGGUUGAUUGGACCGGCCAAGCGAGAUUUCCAGGGAAAUUCUUUACCAACAGCUCGCGAAGUGCUUCAAGUUCUGCAGUUCCACAUAAGAGAAGUCGACAAAAAUACGGGACACCUCACGGCCCAGCGGGUUGCCCAGAAGGUGGUGACGGAUAAGUUGAAAGCAAUAUGGGAUCGUGAGCGUAGCCCGAUUAGAUCUAGGCCUAAGAUCGUUAGCCAGAUUAAGCGACUCAGCUAUAAAUGGCGUCUACUGUUCCAUGACCGUUCUAAUGAAUCCCAGCAAGCGAUAGAGGAACGCAAAAAAUUUAACGAACUUAUGGAUCAAGAAUUCGACAUCAGAGUUGGAAAUACUUUCAAGAACGUCCUUAUCCGGCAAACCUCUGCAAAGUACAACAAUCCGCAAAUCAACAAUAACCGUUCGAUGAAAAGGCGAGAGAAUAAGAAUAAAAGAGGGAGCAGAGCAGAACGGAAACUCCUUCGAAACCUGUGGGUGUCCGGUUUAGGACUGCAGACUGAUGGCCGUAUUUUAAAAACUGCUUUCGAAGCACACGGCCGUGUUCUCGGUGUGGAAGUGAUGCAAAUGACUUCCGAACCGCAACCCAACACCUACGGUCGGGUGACGAUGGCAAAUAAUAAAAUGGCAGCCGACUGUAUUGCCAAGCUGAAUGGGACGCAAUUACUUGGGCAUCGAAUUAAAGUCGAACGUAUUUCUCAAGCAAAUCUACAAGGUGGUGUACAAAAUUCGCCCGGAAAAGGACAAUUUGAUUCAACAGCAGAUGAAACAGACGAGGACGAUGAGCAAGAGUUUGACGUUCCAAACAAUCAAGAAGGGUCGAGUGAUCGUGGUUAUCAGGGGGGUAACAGAUCACGCGAUCGAGGUGAUGAGAAUCGUAGAAACCAGUCUGAUGAAUUACAGAACACUCAAUUAAAUCUUCUUUAUGAGGAAGAGGAACGGCUGCAGCAGGAACGCGAAGAGCUGGCCCGGGAACGGGCGCGUAUCCUUCAGGAACAAGCCGACCUGCAACGUUUUGAAAUGGAACAUCGCGCCAAAAUCGAGGAAGAACGGAGCGAGCUUCUGAAGCAGCAAAGAAAAAUUGAAGAGGCGAAGCGGCAGCUGAUGAAGAAUGUGAAUUCCAAUGUGAAUCGAUUUAGAGAUGACCGAGAAGGAUUUUCUGGCCAUAAUUUGCAGAACUUUGAUGUAUCAGGGAUGUCGGUCAAUUCUACCAGACCGGAUGCUUUCGGAUUGGCGGCUGCGGGCAACGUUCCCGUUGAUAGGACCCCAUCUCAUCAAAGACAACAAUAUAUCAAAGAUGAAUUCUACCGGGAGCCAAAUUAUGAACAUAACAUACCAUCAGAUCAUCGCUAUCAGGAUUCUAACGCGAAUAUAAACUCAGGUGGCAAUCGUGGCAGUUACGCAGCGGAAGCGUACGCCGGUACCUCCAGGUCCCAUUACUCUAAUAACUUGGACAACGGCAACCGAAACAACAUGACCAACUCCAACUCAAUGAACCAACGCUACCCGGAUAUGGCGGACAAUCGUCACCAGGAACAGAUGAGUAGGAAUAAUCGCAACGUUGAUCAAACCAAUAACCGCUAUCCAGAUAACAAUCGUUACAAUAAAAACAAUGGUCACGGUUUUCGAAGCUCUAGGCCGGAUCAUGAAAUUACCAGGAGCAAUAACUUCGAAGGACGGAACGAUGCUUGGGGGACGAACAACAACGAUAGUAGCAAGCGAUCUUCCUUGGGUAUGAAUUCGUACCGAAACGCACCACGACAGCAUCAUCGGAAUGAUCAGGGCGGCUACCAGACGGGCCAGAACCAGGAUCGAUACAGGCCGGCCGGCUCGGAACGCUUCGACUACGGACGGUUUUGAACAGGACAUUCACUGACAGGUUUAAUUUUUAUGUUCCUUGAAACAUAUUUUUUUCUUGAGUUCAAUCAAAUUAUCUGCGGUUUUUUUUGCUUCCAAUGGAAUCUAAAUAUGUUCAUUUGCUGAAAGAACAGAACGCUGCAGUUUGUUUUUUUGGUAGUUACAAAUACUUCACAUUUCAUUAAUUAUCAGAAGUGCUCUAUUUCUAUACCAGCAUGAAUUACUUUAUGGACUUAUUCUUAAAACCGUAACAGUGGUUAGAAUUGAGAAGAAGUUUCCGAUCUUAAAUGCAAUUACCAUCAAGACGCCAUUCACCGCCCAGUUAAGCGGUUUUUCAACUUCAAACAUGUGUAAUAAAAAAACGACGGCUGAUUUUUUUUCGCUUUCUUUUUCAAUACAUCCCAAAACUGCUCUACUUAAAAUAAAAAAAAUUAGUGGAAUGCGAAAAAUGUACGCUUUUCAAAAUAAUUAACUAAACCUAGGGGUGUUCAACUGGCCCUAUUACCGCCCACUCGACUUUUUCGGGUAUCGAUCAUGUUUUCUUAAGGAAAAACUAUCUAAACAACACGGAAACUGUUCUUUUUAGUAUUUUCCAUACAACGAGCUGUCAAAACCAUAUUUUGGCUCUUUAGAGAAUACAUUUUGUGAAAUUUUUUCUGCAAAUUUAGUACGAAUUUUAACAAAGUGCGUUGUCUGACAAAAUGAUGAUUCUCGGCAAACAACCUCAAGUAGCCGGUUACUUUCAGCGAUAAAACAUCAUUUUCUAACAUAAUCAAACUAAAUGCUUCUUACAAUUUACACAUUUGACACAAUAUAUGCGUUAAAAACAAAGAAAUUGUGCGUGACCGGUCAUUAGGAACCCACACUUUUUUUUAUACACCAAUUACCGCCCAUCACUAAACGCUUCAAAAAACAACAACUAUUGAAAAAAUCGAAAAUUUUUUGAUGCAAAUCUAUUCUACGGAAAUAAAACUAUCGUUUCAAGUCGAUUUUAGGUCCAAUAGGUACUAUCUAGUAAACAAAAACCCUUUUUGCCCUAGGAGUACAGUAAUGCUUAGUUCGCUAACAGGCGUCGAAUUCAAUAAUUUGACCGGAAACGAAAAACAAAAUAUUUUAUUUCUGGCUAUAGUUAGCAUAAUUAAGUGAAGUUUUUUCAGUGAAAUGGUCAAGCAAUGAUGCUGACACACAACACAGGUCUUAUAUUUGGAGGAAAAAUCCCAGUUUUUUCAAAAUACAUACAAAAGGGUGAUUUUGGGCGGUAAAUGGGGUCUGGGCGGUGAAUGGCGUCUUGAUGGUAGUUACAUCUUUUUUUUUCGAAUUGAUUGGUCCAAUCUCGACCCAUACACAUAAAACUAUGCUGAAAAUAAAAAAUUGCAUUGACUUACCCAGAUACCAAGUUGAAAAUGAUUUUACCCCUACGAUUAUUAAUUAUUAUUUUUUGUCUAUAAUUCAACAACAAACAAACAAACAAUUACACUAGUUUACAGCAUUUUUGAACUAAGUAAACUGAAGGUCAUUUCUAAUGUGAAAUCGGGCGCUGAAUCCAAAAAUGAAAUUCAAAAAAAUCUCUGUAGAACCGUUUUUGAGUUAUGCUCCAAUUAUGAAAUUUCGGAAAAAUUAAAAAAGUUCUUGUACUUACAUUAUAAUAUCUCGGACGGCACAACAGUAAUUUGAAAUCCCUCUUUUGCAUAUUGAAGGUGAAUAAAUUUUCUGUCGAUCAUCUGAACACUGUUUUUGCGUUUGACUAACAGUAUUGUUGAUAUUAGUGACUUUAUGAGAAUAAAAGUUAUAAAAAACGCACUUUUUUAGAUAAAAUUUUGUUUCAACGAAAGUUUUAGACUCAAUGGUAGCAUUUAUAAAUUCUGAUUUUUUUUUGCGCUUAAAUGACAAUUUAAAACAAAGAUUUCAAGUGGUUAUUUAUCAAAAUCGGUUGAAAAUUGAAGAAGUUAUGGCUACUUUACCAUAAUAGUAUUUUUUGUAGUUUUUCAUAAUUUAACGAACUGCAGUACACUUAUCAUAGUAUAGGAAGAAUGAAACAUGAUAAAUCUCACUCGCUCCAAGUCAAAAUUAUUUAUUAGCUUACCAGAAGGUCACAUGCCAAGUUUCAGGAAGAUCUGACCAUAGGGAGUGGUUGCUUGAGUCUCAAACGUGAAUAACAUUUUGAGGUAUUUUGCCCGGAAGGAACGAAAAAUACUGGUUUUUCACCAAGAACUUCUUUCAUCACUAGCUGAUUGUUUUUUUAUGGUUGAUUUUCUCAAAGCCUAAGUUGAGACAAAUAUUUCGCCCGAAGACUGUAACUCGAUUGGAUUUAAAACAAGAAAGUUAUUGCGGUUCAAAGAUUGUGUUUUGGUCGAAAAUUCUCGUAUAAAACGCAAUGCGUAAAAAGUACUCAUUGCGUGUUGAACAAAAUUUGCGACCUUCGAACUGCAAUAACUUUUUUACUUCAAGUCCAAUCGUGUUGCAGUCUUCGGGUGAAAUAUUUGUCUCAACUUAGGCUUUUAGAAAAUCAACCAUAAAAAACAAUCGGCUAGUGAUGAAAAAAGUUAUUGAUGAAAAACCAGUAUUUUUUGUUCCUCCCGGGCAGAAAACCUUAAAAUUUUAUUCACGUUUGAGACUCAAGCAACCCCUUCCUAUGGUCAGAUCUUCCUGAAACUUGGCAUGUGACCUUCUGGUAAGCUAAUAAAUAAUUUUGACUUGGAGCGAGUGAGAUUUAUCAUGUUUCAUUCUUCCUAUACUAUGAUAAGUGUACUGCAGUUCGUUAAAUUAUGAAAAACUACAAAAAAUACUAUUAUGGUAAUUAUUAUUUUUAAAUUUACAAAUGGUUUUAUUAAGGCAUUUCAAUUAUAAAGUUUCUAUGUGCCGGGGGUAUUUAUCCUAACUUUGGUUUAGUAAGAGGAGGGCCGCAAUCGUCGCUACCCCUACGGAUCAUGUUUGUGCAAAUUUACAGUUCUGCUAAUUCCAGUAAAAUUGCUGUACUUGUAUUUGAUCAUUUCGAAAGUGUAGGCUACACUUUUUUUUAUUUAUUUAAAUAAAUAAAUAAAUAAAAGUGGCCAUUCUUAUUAACUAAAUACAAUCAAGUAUAUCUGUCUAAGUAUUAACGAUAAUGUAGUCCUAUUUGACUUAUGUGAGAAAAACCCAUGUCAUUACCUUCGAAAAAUCCUAAAUAAAGUACAUUAUUUAGUAAGUCACGGAACGUGAUUCGCCAAAUUUCAGUAGUAUGACUACUUCAAGUGCUUAAGACAAAAAACGUGAGUUCAAACGAGCUCCAAGAACCAAGCUUAACACGUCACGCAAAAUGAGUUUCAAUGGAAAUAUACUUACAUAGUUAAGAAAAUAAAUAAAAUGUCCAUAAGGAAGUGUGUAAUUGCUUCCUGCGCAUCAAUAUUACCCAAAUGAAGCGGCAAGUAUUCACCAGAUUCAUAUGAAACAUAGAAAACAAUGUAUGUAAUGUGAGGAAUCGAUACACACAGUUACAAUACAAGAAGAGUCGAAGAUUUCAGUAUACUAAAAUACGAAAAAACACUGAAGGUUCCGUGUUCUUUAUCUGUACAACAUCUGAAUGUUGUACAACGUACAGCUGAGCAUUAAAGCCAGUUUAAACAAAAACUACUUCAAAAUUAAUAAUGCAGUUAGGAAGCAAACAAUUUGAAUCAAUGGAGAUCUGUCGAAGAAUCGAGGAUUACCAUAUUAACGAAAAGUUUAUUCUAGCAAAAAUUCAUGAUACAGGGAAAUAAAACUUAUUUUUCGAAAGUUACAUUUUAUAACCAUAUACAUCCGUUUAUUUUUUUCUAUGUAAGCAUAUUCGU